GAGCAAGACUCUGUCUCAAAGAAAAAAAAAAAAAAAAAAAAAGGAAAAGAUGAGCUGUAAUAUCUUGCUGUGCCAGAAAGUAAGGAAUUGCUUAAGGAUUGAGGGGGACAUGACAAAAGGACUCAGAAUCCAGUCAUUAGAAGAUAAUUUGAGCACCAAAGUAAGUAAUGUUAUAAUGGAUUAUAACCCAUUGAACACAACUGAAUUCAUGAUUCCAUAAUGAUAUAAAUAAAUACAUGAAUACAUUAAAAACUUGAUGAGGAAUAUAUAGUUAUGUAGUAUCAAAGAAUCUACCCACAAAGUAUUUCUUUUUUUUUUUUUUUUGAGAUGAAAUCUCGCUCUUGUCACCCAGGCUGGAGUGCAAUGGUGCGAUCUUGGCUCACUGUAACCUCCACCUCCCGGGUUCAAGCGAUUCUCCUGCCUCAGCCUCCCGUAUUUCUUAAUUACAAAUGCAGGAAGAAUGACAUUAUGGUGGAGGACACAAUCAGAUACCAUAAUCAAAAAUCAAAGUAAAGAUCACCCAUAAUGGAACAGAUUGAAAUUAUUUGUCACUAGAUAUGAUGCAAUGAGAAGUCAAAGCAUCUUCUGUGAUAUUCCUGCCAAAGUUGCAUAGCCAGAAUCUGAUUAUGAAGAAACCUCAGAUAAUCCCAAAUUGAGAGAAAUUUAAAAAACUCCCAACCUAUGCUUUUCAAAAGUGACAAGGUCAAGGAGGUUGAGGAAAGACUGAAGAACUGUGUCAGGCUGUGGUUGACUAAGGAGACGUGAAAACUAGUUGCAAAAUGUGAUUCAGGAUUCUAAACUGGAUUCCAAAAUGAAUAUAAUGAAUAUCAUUGGGAUUUAUUGAGGAAACACUAAUGGAAAUGAGGAUUAGAUGGCCCUAAUGCAUCAAUGUUAAUUUCCUGAAUUUGAAAGUUAUAUUUUGGUUAUAUAGUCAAAUUGCCUUGCUUAUAAGAGCUGUAUACUAAAAUAUUUCAGGUUUGGAACUUCAGGUCCAAAAUUACUCUCAAAUGUUCAAAAUAGAGAAAAUUCUCUGUACCUCCAACUUUUUAUUACAUUUAUAGUUAUUAAAAUUAUAUAAAUAUAUAUAUGCAUUUGUGUAUAUAUGUAUAGAUAAGCAUACAUAUAGAUAUGCAUAUACAUAGAUAAAUGAUACAUAUAAAACCAACAAUAGACUCAUAUCUAAUCUAUGCAAGCCCUUCACAAAAGAUUUGAUAUUGCCAAAGGACAUUUGAAAAAGCACCCGGCAUCAUGAAGCUCCACUGAAAUGAAAAUUAAAACUACAAUAAGAUAUUAUUACACACACAUCAGAAUGCUUAAAAUGAAAAAAGACAAUAUACUAAGGGUUGGCAAGAAAGAGAAGCAGUUGGCACUCUCAGUAAAAUUGUAAUUUAUUAAACCAUUUGGACAAUUAUUUGGCAGUCGUUAAUAAAAGUAACACAUGCACAUCCAACAAUUAUGCUCAUAAUUGUAUCAAUAGAAAUCCUUAUAUUGGGAUAACAACGUAUUAGAGUAAUAACAGCACUAUUCACAAUAGCCACAAACUAGAAUCAACUCAAAAGUCCAUAACAAUACAAUGAAAAGAUAAAUUUUGGAAUUGUUAUAAAAUAAAACACUCUAAAGUAACCCUAACUUACCUACUGCUAUUUAUGACAACAUGAAUGAAUCCUACAAACACAAAAUUAAGUGAAAAUACUAGAUACUUAAAAAUACAUAAUGUGAUUCCAUUUAUAUUAAGUUCACAAACAGGCAAAACUAACCUAUGGCAUAAUACUGGAGAUAUCUAGUGGGGGAGGAAGGUAGGAGGAGACAUAAAGGGACUUCUGGGGUCCUGGCAAAAUUACUUUUCUUGAUCUGUGUGUUGAUUACACAGAUAUGUUUAAUUCAUGAUAAUUCAUUUAGCUAUAUACAUUUAGGAUGUUUCCAACAUUCUCUUUGUAUAUUACAUUCCAGUGAAAAGGUUUAUUUAAAAAGAAGCAGUUUCCAUUCACCCAAUUCCACCCAAGCUGAGGUUUGCAUUACUCUGUCACAGUGGAGGGUUUCAGCCGGAUGCCCUCCUGACCAUCCAUUUGGGCAAUAAUAGGAAAUCUCUGCAAUGUGACAAUCACUGAACUGGGAAUUAAAACCUGGAUUCAAAAAAAAAAAAAAAAAAAGAUUAUGUGCGGAUGCACUGCUGACAGUUCACCUCACUUACUCACCAAUUCCUUAUUUCUAAUAAUAAAGUAGGGAUUAGGCUAGUGGAUCUCUGAGACCCCUUCUGUCUCUAACUGUCUAUGUUUCUUUCAUUCUUUGACGGGACCAGGCAGAAGUCUCAACAGAAAGGAGGAAUAGAAACCCAUUUUUUCAAGAAAUAAAAUGAUUGUUUUAAAGAAAGCCAUUGAGAUCAUUUUAUCUAAAACAAGGUAGUGCACUUCUUUUAGAGUUCAGAGCUAUGUGAACCAAGCAGUAAAAUAACUGUUUCUCUUUGUCUCAGAUAAAUUAUUCACCACAACCUGGAUUGACUCAAAUUCCAAAGGUUACAAAACCACACCCUAAUUGUAAUCAACCUAUGUUGCACAUGUUGAGUUGGUUAAUGUGUAUUGGAAAAUCACUGAUUAUCCUGAGUAAUGAAAUAUUGCCUCAUAGUACAUGUUCUCGAAAGUCUAUGGCCCUGUGUUCACUGUGUAUUUUGGCCUGAAACCCAUUGUGGUGUUGCAUGGAUAUGAAGCAGUGAAGGAGGCCCUGAUUGAUCAUGGAGAGAAGUUUUCUGGAAGAGGAAGUUUUCCAGUGGCUGAAAAAGUUAAUAAAGGACUCGGAAUCCUUUUCAGCAAUGGAAAAAGAUGGAAGGAGAUCCGGCGUUUCUCCCUCAUGACUCUGCGGAAUUUUGGGAUGGGGAAAAGGAGCAUUGAGGACCGUGUUCAAGAGGAAGCCCGCUGCCUUGUGGAGGAGUUGAGAAAAACCAAUGCCUCGCCCUGUGAUCCCACUUUCAUCCUGGGCUGUGCUCCCUGCAAUGUGAUCUGCUCUGUUAUUUUCCAUAAUCGAUUUGAUUAUAAAGAUCAGAGAUUUCUUAACUUGAUGGAAAAAUUCAAUGAAAACCUCAGGAUUCUGAGCUCCCCAUGGAUCCAGGUCUGCAAUAAUUUCCCAGCUCUCAUCGAUUAUCUCCCAGGAAGUCAUAACAAAGUAGUUAAAAAUUUUGCUUAUGUUAAAAGUUAUGUUUUGGAGAGAAUAAAAGAACAUCAAGAAUCCCUGGACAUGGACAAUCCUCGGGACUUUAUUGAUUGUUUCCUGAUCAAAAUGGAACAGGAAAAGCACAAUCUACAGUCUGAAUUUACUGUUGAAAGCUUGAUAGCCACUGUAACUGAUAUGUUUGGAGCUGGAACAGAGACAACAAGCACCACCCUAAGAUUUGGACUUCUGCUCCUGCUGAAGUACCCAGAGGUCACAGCUAAAGUCCAGGAAGAGAUUGAAUGUGUGGUUGGCAGAAACCGGAGCCCCUGCAUGCAGGACAGGAGUCACAUGCCCUACACAGAUGCUGUGGUCCACGAGAUCCAGAGAUACAUUGACCUCAUCCCCACCAACCUGCCCCAUGCAGUGACCUGUGAUGUUAAAUUCAGAAACUACCUCAUCCCUAAGGGCACGACCAUAAUAACAUCACUGACUUCUGUGCUGCACGAUGACAAAGAAUUCCCCAACCCAGAGGUGUUUGACCCUGGCCACUUUCUGGAUAAGAGUGGCAACUUUAAGAAAAGUGACUACUUCAUGCCUUUCUCAGCAGGAGGAAGGCUGCCAGAGGGGAAAGCACAGGAUGUUGGGGAGCUCAGCCGGGGAAGCUGCCUGCUUACUGCUCAUUCAUAGGCCAUACUACUUCCAAGAGGAAGGAAACUUAAGCUACCUCAUUGGAGCGGGAAGCCGGACAAGAAGAGAAGGCAGGAAACUUUUACGGAGGUAAUGGACCACAGUAGCAGGACAUUUUUUGUAGAUCUAGGUGGUUAGAACCUGCCAACAAAUUUCAGGGUCAACAAAUCUCAGGGUCAACAAAUCUCAGGAAACCCUGAGAAUAUGGAAGAAUAGUCUGCGAUUAUUCCAGAGUACCUUGAUCUCCCUCCACUCAUGAUCAUACAUCUUGGAUAUUCAAUCUCUACAGCUAAAGUGUGUGGUGAGUCUGUGGACAUAGAAUUCCCUUCAUUUUUUUCUCUGGCUUUUGAUCUCUGCUUUGGAUCUGGCACUGUAUACACUAAUAAUGUCAAGAACUGAGACCUUUUAAGGAUCUCGCGUUUUAGCAGGAUAGAAAAACAAAUACACAGAUAAUAGAAUUCCAGGUGAUUCAUGCUCCAGUGGAGGCAUGAAUAUGAUGAGGAAACCUGGAGAGGGUGAGUUUCUAUUGACUAGGGAUCACAGAAAUCAAAAAGAGGAAAUGACAUGGGACAUAAAUUCUGAAGGAAGCGUAAGAGUAGAGCUUUUUAGACAGAUAGGACAGCAAGAGAUAAUGCUUGAAACUUUGUGGUGUGUUGGAGAUUGAUGAAGAAUGGAUAUGCCUGGAGCUGAGAGUGGAGGAGAUGAACAAUGGAAGAUGUGAUAUAGAAUGUCAGCCUGGAAACAGAAUGUGAAGAGUCAGGUCAAGCCAUUUGGCCCUUAUCCCAUAGGACAGAUGGGUGUCGUUUAAAGUUGUAAAGUGAGAGAGUGACAUGUUUAGACAUGUACUUUUGAAAGUACACUAGGAAAAAAUCUUUGGCUAAAUAUUGUACCAGAAGUACAAAGGGGAACACAGUAUAUGAGCCUUCUCCUUUCAACCCUUCUUCCUUGUGAGUGCAUUUCUAGAAAAAGACUGAUGGAAACUAGUAGUGUCAAAAGAGCAGUUAUAAUGUGGGAAUACUUAGUGAAGUACAUGGCAUAGAGCUGAUACUCUAUAAAUAUUUGUUGAGUGAAGGGUACUUAGUAACAUAAGAUAUUAGGUAGAUAGGAAAUGUAUCCAUUUUUCUUUCUGUGUAUCCAACCUUCCUUCCAGCCAUUCUGCCUUUGAUCCAUCCAUCUAUUUAAUCAUAUACCAAAUAGUUACUGCAUACUUUUUGUGACUGUUCGUGACCUAAUGUUCAGGGAACAAAUCGUCUAUGUCUGUUAUUUUCAGGAAAACGGAUGUGUGUGGGAGAGGGCCUGGCCCGCAUGGAGCUGUUUUUAUUCCUGACCACCAUUUUGCAGAACUUUAACCUGAAAUCUCAGGUUGACCCGAAGGAUA